AUGGCCAAUAUCACCGCCGCCGGGGAUGGCAUCACCGGCGGCUAUAUGGGAAGCUCCCUCGGCCUCAAGAUUACUAUCGCGACUUUGGCCGGUGUUACCUGGUAUAAUGCCUUUGAACUGGUGGUUCUAAUCUUUGUCACUUUCGCCCAGUAUCGCGGUCUUUACUUCUGGAGUCUUCUCAUCUCGUCCUCUGUCGGCCUCAUCCCUUACUCGCUCGGCUUCCUGCUCAAGUUCUUCCACCUCACCGAUGCGACCUGGCUGCCAGUUACCUUUCUUACCGUGGGUUGGUGGUGCAUGGUAACUGGCCAGUCAAUAGUACUAUACUCGCGCUUGCACCUGGUGCUGUCGAACCAUCGGAUACUGCGACGCGUGUUAACCAUGAUCCUUGUCGAUGCCGUUGUGCUACACCUUCCAACUACCGUCCUCACCUUCGGCAGCAAUCUGGCUCCUGCGAAUGCCCGACAACCCUAUAUAAAUGGAUACAAUGUGAUGGAAAAGAUCCAGAUGACCGGGUUCUGCAUACAAGAGUUCGUCAUCUCUGGUCUCUAUAUCUGGGAAACUGUUCGCAUGAUACGCCUCGAUCCGGACCGAACCAAGCGCAAGAUUCAGUACCAGCUCAUCAUCAUCAACUUGGUCAUCAUUGGGAUGGAUCUGGGCCUGUUGGUUGCCGAAUUUAAGAACUUCUAUAUCAUGGAGACUAUGCUCAAGGGCGCCGUGUACAGCAUCAAGUUGAAACUGGAGUUUGCUGUCCUCGGCAAAUUAAUACACCUCGUCCACAACCAUGUUUGGAAAGCAGAGUCCUUCUCUGGUCCAAGCGAGCUCCCUGACUUUGUUGACGCCACCCGCGUCACGUCCGACCUCACUCACGCCGCCCCCACCAUCACUCGAGACCGGGGACCCUCAUGGAUGGACGCCGACGACGUCUCCAUCGCCAUGUUCGAGCACUCACCAUCGGUAGAUGCCAAUGGCGUACCCUCGGACAUUUCCAAUUCCUGGAGCAGUGAGACACGCAUUAAUCAUGGUGACCAUAUCACCAUCGACUUCAUCAACCCUUUCUGUCGGUACCAGAGCUGGCAGAGCAGAUCGUCUAGGCUGCCCGACACUCCGGAAAAACAUGGAUGA